AUGGAGCCGUCGCUGAUGACCCUCGCUCGCAAGAACUACCUUGCGGCCAUUCAGAACAUCAACGCAGCCUUGUCAUUGCCGCAGCAAGCGGCCAAUGACAGCACUCUUGCCUCGGUGCUCCUCUUGGCUCUUUUCGAGGCUAUUGCCUUCCACCGCCGUGACUCGUUGAACAACUGGACAUCCCAUGUAGAUGGUGCCGUCCAACUCGUUAAGCUCCGAGGACCCCGUCAGUUCGACUCGGCCCUGGGCCGUGCCCUAUUUUCUGACGUCAGUAACCAUACAUACGCAUCAUGUGCGCAGCGCCGUGUUCCUGUGCCUGCAAUUGUAUCGGAAAUGCGGACACGGUUGGGUAACUUUACCGGCGAAAACUCUCUAGUAGUCGACCUUGGCGCGGUUCUGGACUCCAUGUCUCUUCUCCUCGUGAAGUUAACAUCGACAAACACAGAGGACACGUUAGCACCCGAGGUUGUCGUGGCUCAGGGAUGCCUGUUGUUGUCGCAGAUAGACUGCCUGCUAGAUCAAGCAUCUACACUCUUUCCCUACGAGGUGAUACCGAUAGCUGAAGCCCCAGACUGUGCAUUUAAUGGCAUUACUCACAAGUAUCCAACCCCUCAGUCAGCCCGGUAUUGGAACAUCCUGCGCGUGAUGAAGUUAUUCAUCAGCAAAUGGAUACACCGGUCCGCCACCACUCUCACCGUCUGCAAUGUGACGGUCGAUGAUAGCACAGACACCCUCCAACAGAAUAGACUCAACCUUCUCGACUACACGAAAUCAAACGCGGACAAGGUCGCUGUAGAUAUUCUCUGCAGCGUGCAUUUCUUCCAGAGCCUAGCGUCUCGGUCCUAUCUGAGCCAGACGCUAGUGCGGUGGCUUGUGUGGCCCUUAUCAGCAGUAGCAGCGUCACCUUUAGUCCAGGAGCCUGCACAGGUAUAUGCUCGGACUAAGCUUGCAACCUUUCAUAAAAACAGCAGACUUCCAGAGGUGUUCGAGGCCGUUAAGAUGCUGGAUAAAGAAAGAGUCUUGGAUGAUUGGUAA